CAAUCCAUAUCGGUAGAACUGACCCAGAUGUUGCCAUGUCAAUAGAAUUAAGCCCUUAUAGAGGAUUUGACACCCCCUCUGGUUACUAUCUAUCUGGAAACUACGUUGUGACGGUUAAAAAUUCUACUUAUAGAAUUUUUAAGAAUUUCUAU